UUUAUGAUAGAUUUUUACCAAAUGUCAUCUGUACCAUCCUUGUAUGGACAUCUCUUAGGCUUGUUCAAAUGACUGUACUUGCAUUAACAUUUUUUUGAGGCUGCUUAAAUGAUGGCUCCAUCAACAUAUAUUGUUUGUAGCAUCCUUGUAUAGAUUGCUCUAAAGUUUGUUGUUCUUGAAAAAAAUGGUUCUGUUUGACCCUUUUUGAAUGACUUCUUCUCUUGAACCACUUUAUAGAUUUUCAUCAAACUUGGUCUCUGUAGCAUGUUUUUCUGAAGAGCAUGCCCUGGACUUUCUAACACUGAAAUCUGCAACCCAUUAUUUCCCUUAUAUAAUCUGCCCUUCAUUUGUUUAAUUUGAAUUGUUAUUUAGAAGUAAUGUCGUUUAAUAUGACAAAGUGAGCCAAGAACUUUCGAGAGCCUAAUAUGGACUCAUAUUCGUCUGACACUCUAGAAAAAAAAGUUUUUAAGUAAGUACUAUAUUUCGCCCCCAGCAACUCGUACCAAACAAUAUGGCGGCGGUUGUCAGAUUUUUGUUGAUGAAAUAUUAAAAACAGUUUAUUUCUGCUGUCUGAUACACGCUUUUGCUGAAUCACUUGUCUUACAAAGAGACGAAAAAGUUUAACCACUAAAUAUGGGUAGUAAAGAGUUGCAGCCAAGCCUCCGUGAUGAGAGGAGAACUUUCCGCUAUGGAACAAACCGCAUGGUUGAGAUAAGUUUGCGACAUGAGCUAGAUGAUAUGGCCAAAAAAUCAUUGGAUGAAAUUAUAGUGAAAAAAGAAUUAGAACAGCUAAGACCUAUUGAUAAUGAAGAAUUUACAUCUAGGAGAUUGAGACCAGCAUUUGCUCCAAGAAGAUUAAGAAAGAAGAUGAAAUUACAGCCUGUGUUCCAUGAUGAACUGUUAAAACUAAAACCUAAGGCACCACAGUUUAUGCUGAUACCAAAUAUUCCACCAUACAAUCCCCUUGAUAAGUUUGGAAUGCCGAAAGAGUUUUCAGAUGACAAGAUCCGAACCUACCCGUAUGCCAGAGAAAAUACCAUCACCACUGAAGUGAUGCAGAAGGUGAAGAUCUCUUCCAUGGGCGUGUUGCCUGUUAGAAAGAGUACUGAUAUAUCUGGUUUGAAAGUGAUCAUGGAGGGACAGCCUGUGACACAGUGCAGAGAUGUUGAAUUUGAUGAAAUGCAGGAGGCAAACCAGAUUGCAGAAGAGAGAGCAGAAACUCCCGGUACACCAGAUGAAAUGGACAUUGAGCCAGAGCUUACUGACAGACCAGAGACACCAAAGAAGAAACCAGCGAUCAUAGGUUCAGAGGGGACAUCGGUUAAAGUGUCUCUAGCUGUACGACCACCUGCCCAACCUCAUCCUUCAACACUGAAGAGAAAGUAUAGGCGAGGUAAAGGUCAUUGGGAGGAAAGCAGAUGUGCCGCCAGUAAGACACUGAAGGAGCCACGGAGUAUGGCCUCCUCAUUGAAGAGUACAGAGAUUUUAUUACCUGGUAAAGAAGUGUAUCGUAAAUAUGAUACAGCUAUCGAGGAUUUAGACGGUGAUCUGGAGAAUGUUCAGACUGCCAUGGGAACACAGGACCAGAAGGAAGUUCAAAUACCGACUGCGGGCGAGGAUGGCAGGAAGAGCGGUGCUAUGUCAGAAGCUGCACAGUCAGUGGUUGAUAUGUUAGAGGAAGCAAGGAAAAUUGUCUCCCCUGGAGCAGAACCAGUUCAUAAGAUGAGAAAAUCUCCACGGAAACGAGAGGUGAAGAAAGAUGCAAAGAAAGCUAAAGGAGAGAAGGGCAAAGGGAAGAAAGAUGAAGAAGGGAAGGAAGGAGGUCAGCGGACAGAGAGGACCGUAGAUGAAAUUAUAGCAUCAUUGCGGAGUCAGUCAAGAACGGGACAGCAGUCUGAGGCUGAUCGUAAGAUUGCAGAGAUCAUGGAAAGGGUCAUGUCAAGGUCAAGUGGGGCCACCGGUGAGGAAAAUUUAGAGGAAAGACCAGAUACAGCAAAGGAUGGUAAAUCUGGUACUACCUUGACCCCACUCACCAGGGGCAGUGCCUCUGCCCCUCAGACUAGGGGCAGUGACACUGGCAAAUCCAUGUCUGUCUCCACCCCUCUAACCCGAGGCAGUGAGCCAUCCUCAUACCAGCCUUCCCCAAGCCCUGGGGCAGAGUCUGUCAAGUCAGAAAAGAAAGAUGGUGAACUUCAGGAAGCUAUACAGGAGGAAGAUGAAGAGAAACAAACAGAUGAACAAGAUAAGAAAGAUGCUGAGAAAUAUUUAGAAGAGAGAAUGCAGACGACAGAUCCGAACAUUCCACCAGUGCCUCCGUCCACUGCCCAGAGACCUCCGGAGGUCGAGCGUCUCCUUGGUCUAGGUGAACCAGACUCUGAUGAAGAGAAAGAAGAGGUCAUAGACAUACAGAAGGCUUGGGAAGAUUUUCAACAACCAGAUGUCCGACAUGAAGAUCUGGUUGGCGUGACUGGUACAGCGGCUGUUCUUGAGGGUCGCCACCCACCUCUACCUGGGUUCAAAACCCCUGUUGCACCUGUACAUUCAAACACUACAUCCUUCCUGUCGGCAUGGAAACCAGUGUCAGAGAAACGUAAACAUGAAGGUGAAAGCGAAGCAGAAACACGACCCUCUAAGAGUGUACAUCACUUCUGUACUGCAACUACAGAAUACCAACUUCCAGAACAGUUUGUAAACAUUGGGAGAAAGUAUCAUACACCCAGCAGAUUUGAGUUUGCCAUGCCAGAUCAGAAAUUCAGGUUUGGUAGUAGAGGCCCGAGUGCUAUGGAGGAGAGGCCUCCUUUACAGAGUGCACAAUCUGGAGCAACAGACACAGGGGACUCGGAACAGCGCCGGAUCUCUGCCGCAGCAAGACGAGUGUUACAGAGGGUGGAAGAAGAGGGUGAGGGAGAUAAUACAAUGGAGACUUGGCAGCAGAGGGCAGAGGAAGUGUUUGAAGCACCACAGUUCACAGUAGAAGGAGCUGGAAUUUCAACACAGUACAAUGAAUCACGUCUCUACUGGACCCCAGCCCCACCAAAACUAGAUGUGGCUCCAGCCAAGGUCAAGGACAUUUUAUUUCCUGAAUACCAGGGCAUACAUGCCAUAUGCUUGUUACUCAAGGACAGAGGUCAGACAGGCCAUAUGUGUGUUACUCUUGUGUUACAGAUAGUUCAGUCUUACACAGAUUUCUGCAAAGUGUUUUAUUUAGGUUUAAGGCUAUGUUUGACUGUUCACUGAUUGUUAUAGAGACCGACAGUUGGUGCAGAGUCCCAGGAGAUGCAAGAUAUGAUGGAGGAAUCCUCAAGCAGUGAGGAGGAGGAGGAGGAAAUGGAGAUAACAGAGGAGGAUAGAGAACAGAUGGAACAGCUUGAGAGGAUAAUGUUAAGACGUCACAAGUCUAUGGAGGAUUUGACUGACUUAAUGAUAGCAACUCGACAGAGAGAUGAGGACAUCAGAGAUGGCAAGCUGUUUCCGUAUGAAGAUAGGAUAGUGAUAGAAACAGAGAAAGAUGAAAAGCCUCAAGUUCUGGAAGAGCAUGAAUCUAGUUUUGCCAAGGUCACGGGACCAGUACUGGACUCUGAUCUUUUCCCAACCUUUGUACCAUGGAGGAGAUCGAGUUCUGCUCCAGACCUGAAUGAUGAGGAAGACGACACGUUGAUGGUGUCGCAGGAUUACAACAUGGCUAUGGAGGAAAUUCAGAGACAGAAACGUAACAUUCGGGAAUGGAAGAUCCAGCAGAAACUAGAGCAACAACAACAACAACAGAUGAUUGAACAACCAGACUUCGUGGAGGAGGAAGAAACUAUAGAACAGUUACAGAGGGUUGACCCACAGGAAUACAGGGCAGACAUCCUGAAAAUUCAUUCAUCACCCAAACAUGAUGAGCCUACUCCAGCAGAGCAGGCCCUGGCUGCAGGAAGGGCUUAUGUUAUUUUGCCCAAAAAAAAGAAGAAAAAAGUGAAGUCCAGUAUUACAAUGGCAAGGCUGGAUGAAAUAGAGAACUUCUUGAAGAAACCGCCACGACGUUUAGCACGGUGUGAGUCAAUGAUCAGGAUACCAAAGCCAAUAGAGAAAGAAUUACGUGUACCAAGUCGUAUAAGAGAAGGUACAAGAAGAAGUAUGCCAGAUAUCUUCAACUUUGAGGAGUACGGUAGAAGAAAGGGACUCAAAAAAGAUGAUGACACCCGUGAGUGGGUACGUGACAUUUGGAAUAAUUGGUUUGACGAGGUUUUCCCACCAACACCGGAAGAUUCUGAGUAUGAGGAGGAGGAAGAAUUAACAGAAGAACAAAUAGCUGAAAGAGAAGAAGAAGAAAAGAAAAAGAAGAGGAACAAUUCAAUGUCAAGCUCAGUGCCGGUGGGUAUGGAAUAUAUAGAACCUUUGACAGAGUCUGAUGAAACGUUGGAAGUACACCAGAUUAUCAUGGAGGAGAUAGAGAAAUUGACAGGUGAAAUGAACAAAAUGAAGAAACCAAAGGCAUUUGACUUCAGCAGACGAGGAGCUUUAUAUAGGAAGAUUGGCUAUCUGAAGGCUGCAGAGGAUGAUUUAGGAAGAGCUAUACAACUAGAACCAUUGUUACUGGAUGCUUACUGGCACAGACAUCUAUUGUACAUUCUACAAGAUAGGAAAAAAGAAGCACUGGAUGACCUCACAUUUUUACUGAAACACACAAAGAGUCAUGCAGGGGCAUAUAGAUCUAUGGCUGAAAUAUAUAAGAAGCAAGAUGACAUCACCAUGGCAAUUGUGAACUACACCCAGGCAAUAAAACUCAAUCCACGUGAUCAUGAGGCAUAUUUUGCACGUGCAGAGUGUUACGAGAAACGUGGUGACAUGCUGCUGGCCCUGGAGGACUACUCAUCAUGUACAAAAAUCAAGCCAACCAGAACUGAUGCUAUCCUGAAACAUGGAAUGUACUACUUUGAAAACAAGAGCUGGGGAAAUGCCAUCAAUGAUUUCACUGAUUUACUACGUGUAGAUCCUUUGAAUGCCUCAGCCCGAGUACUGCGAGGACGUGCCUACGCUGCCAUGGGACAGUGGAGCCCUUCUGUAGAAGACCUGUCAGCAGCAAUACACCUGGACCCAAACCACUGGGAGGCGUUCUACCAUAGAGCGUGUAUACUUAGAAAAGCUCAUCCAAAGCGUGCCUUACAUGAUUUCAGUGUAUCACUGUUGAUAAAUGACACUGAUGAAAAUAUUGGGUCAUAUCUUCAUAGAGGAAUCCUCUACAAUGCAAUGGGAAAACCAGAAGAUGCUAUUCCAGAUUUUGAGAGUGUUUUAAAGUUGAACAAAGACAAUGCAUGUUCGCACGUAAAUCUCGGGCUUAUCAUGAUGAACCAUUAUGAUAACUAUCACAGAGCCAUCAAGAGGUUUACCUCUGCCAUCAAGGUGGACCCCACCUAUGUGAGGGCAUAUGUGUGUAGAGGGGAAGCAUAUCACAAAAUACAUGAGUUGAAGUUAGCAUUGAGAGAUUUUACAAGAGCGAUACAUCUACGACCAGAUGUACAUCACUAUUACAUGUACAGGGGACAGCUUCUGCUUGAACUCGGCCAUCUCGACCUUGCUGCUUUCUGUGUUAGACAUGCAUCAGAGAUAGGUAGUGAGGUGUCAUCCAUGGGACAGCGCCCUACCCAACAAGCUGUGGUCCACUCUUUCCUCAAAAACUAUGACAAGGCUAUAGAUGCGUUACAGACAGCAUCGCGUUCCAAUCCCACAGCAUCCAUGUACAUGUUGUUAGGUAAAACACAGAUAAAGGCAAAGAAAUUUGAAAAUGCCAUCACAAGCUUCCAGCUGGCACUCUCUGUUUAUGAACCAAAGGCCAAAAAAAGCAGCACCUUUGUUUAUGGAAAAGAGAUACCAAUAUUAUUGCAACAGAAACCAUGGAAGGCACGAGAUCCUUGGCCACAGGAGGCAGCCGAUGCCCAUUACCUGAUUGGUCAGUGUAGCAUGGAGCUGAGAAAUUACCUCGAUGCCCUUAAUGCAUUCACAGAUGCCAUCAAACUGAAUUCUUCCAUGGCAGAGGCACUGUAUCAGAGAGGUAUGGCACGGAUGAAACUGAAGAUGUCUAAAGGUAUACAGGAUUUCAACAGGGCCUUGGCAAUCAAUCCAACGAUAUUCCAGGCGUACCUGUCACGUGCCUGUUACUAUGGAACUAAAGGCAACUAUACAAAGGCAAUCCUCAACUGUAAUGAGGCAAUCAAACUCCAGCCAAACAGUGUCAGAGCUUAUCUUUAUAGAGGGGCAUUGAAGUACCAUAUCAAGGCUUACGAGCUGGCGAUCAGAGAUCUGUCCAAGGCAGCAAGUAUAGACAGUACAUGUGCACUAGCGUACUUCAACAGAGCUGUAUGCUACCAGGAGAAUAGGGACUAUCAAAAGGCUCUCACAGACUAUGGGAUUGUCCUACUUCUUGGUGAUUCACUCAAACUGAAGGUGCUGAUUAACCGAGGAUUACUGUAUUUUGAGAAGCGUGAUUACACGAAUGCCCUGUAUGAUUUCAAGAUGUCGGCCAACAUGAAUCCCAACGAUCACAAGAUCCUUCAUACACUAGGCCUCUGCUAUCACAAGUUAGGACGGCUCCAAGAGGCAGUUAAAACAUUCACAAUGUGUGUCAAGAGCCAGCCCUUCUUCCUGGAUGGUAUAAUAGCAAGAGGAAAUGUCUACAUGGACUACGGACAUGAGAAGGGCCUUAGAUAUGCAAUGCGUGAUUAUGAGCGAGUGUUACGUUUUGACCCAAUGAAUCUGCCAGCACGUGUAAAUCUAGCGUACACAUUACAAGUGUCAGGUCACUUCAUGCAAGCGUGGAGACAAUUCACAACUGCAAUAGAUCUGAAACCUAAUUACAAGCCAGCAUUAGAGGGUCGGUCAAUAAUUAACCUCCAGAUGAGUGAUACGUUUGCCUCCUACCAGGACAUCAACACUGCCAUCAAAGUGAACCCCACAGCAGAGCUUCUCACAAACAGAGGAGUCAUACAUCAGUUUAUGGACGACCGUGUAAAUGCUAUGCGUGACUACCAGGCAGCUAUUGAACUUGAUGAGACCUAUUCCCUGGCGUACUUCAAUGCUGGAAAUGUGUACUUCCACAGUAGACAGUUCUCACAGGCACUGGAAUAUUUUACAAAGACAGUCCAGUAUAACCCACAGGAUGAGUCUGCCAUCCUGAACAGAGCUAUCACUAGAGUAAUGUUGAAGGAUUCCAAGGGAGCACUGGAAGAUUUCAGAGCUGCCAUCAAGUUGAGCCCUUACUCCGCCCACAUGUACAUGAACAGGGGUAAUCUGUAUGCCUCAACACAACAGUUUGAAAUGGCAGAAAAAGACUUCACUAAAGCUUUAGAACUAAAUCCUGAUGACCCUCUGGUGCUGAAACGUAGAGCUGAUGUGCGUGGAAAACUUGGCAAGAAAACAGAGGCAGUAUCCGACUACAGACAAGCUAUAGAACUCCAGGGCAGAAUUAGAUAUCUCAAGACUGGAAAAUGAUUGGAAAAAAAACAUCUGUCUGGGAUGUUAAACCCAUAAAUAUGUGCAUAAAGAUGAAAGACAAUUGAAUGUGUUAUUUCAACAGCUUUAUUUCUGUAAAAAUUAUACCUGAGGACAGUAGAUACUUAAAACUUAAGUCACAUACUUACAGAAUCUGUUUCAUCAAAGAAUUAAUAACAACCGAGUAUUAACAGUAACUUAUGUAAGUUGAAAUUUCAGUGUAACUUGAGCUUUUGUUAUGUCAUCAAAUUAGAGUUUCAGAUAUGAUGUACACAUGCUUUAUUUAUAAAUCUUUGGUUUAAUCAAUAGAUAUUGCUUAAAAUCAUAUGCUACUUGUUAACACAAGUACUGUUAACCUAGAAAUGUUUGCGGAUACUAUGUUUCGCGUUUCAGAACGUUGACAUUUUCGCGGAUAUAAAAAUUCGCGGAAUCAUAUCCAUCGCGAAUCCGGCGAAAGUGAAGUCGCAAGUGAACGUAUUUAGUAUGCUAAGGUAAUAGUUGCAUACUUGCAUUUAUUGUAUUUUCGAAAACGUUCAGUAUUUUGUACCAUUUCAUUAUAAAUGUACCCCAAUCCUUUUCAUCCAUAUCAACGGUUAUACACACAACCGAUUAUUGACAGUCAGUUAAUUACUGUUAUUACACUAUCAUUUAUUUCCAUGUAAAGCAGUAUCUUUUGUUAGGAGAUUAAACAACACUUAGCAGAAACAGACACAAUAUUUUACUAACAAAUAAUACAUGUGUAUAUCGCAUUGGCUGCUGACUACAAAUUGCAUUACAUGUCGUUUGAUAGAUGCAUAUUUUUUUCUGCUUUUUAUCCCCUGUUUGCCUGGCAGAUCAAUAUUGAAAAGGCUGUUACAUCAUAGAGAAAUAACUUGUCAAUCAAUUGAGUUAAUGUGGAUUUGUGCUCUCAUUUUAUACAAUUAUGGUACUAGAAUUUUAGCUAUUAAUAUCCAGGUAUAUGUAAGUACAGAACCAUUUUAUAGCGAUCUAUUUAAGCUGAAGCUAGAACCUUUCGCGUUUUUGUUAGAUCAGAGUUUUUCGCGGCUAUUUAAUUUCACGGAAACAUACUACCCACGAAAGGCGCUAAUUUAAAAAGCGCGAAAACAUUUCUAGGUUUACAGUAUUGAAAUGUGGAAAACAGAAUUUAUAUUUAAAGUAAUUAUAAAGCAAGGUGUUUCAGCCUUAUGGUAUACUCCAUAUUGUGUUAAACCUUCAGAGUUAAUGCUGAUUUUUGUUCUAAUUCAAAACUUUAAUACAAUAUGAUAAAAGAUAAUCACAGUUAUAUAGAUAUGCAUUUUUAUGUUAUAUAGUGUAAAAUCAUUAUUAUUUAUGUACUACCGGUACUUAUUUCCAUGAAUUUUAUAACUGUUAAAUCAAUACACGAAAUUAAAUCCCAGCUAACAAUUAAACUUGCAGUUUAUUGAGUCUUUAAAAUGUGAAUUCAUGGAUUCACAUGCCCACUAAAUGGGCCUUUGGGCAAAAAUGAAGAAAUUUUAUACCAACACUAUGAAACGUUUUCAAAGUAUGUAAUAAGUAUUUCAAUUUUGUAAUGCUGCAGUAUUGUUUUUGUAUUUAUUUAUAUAUUAUGAACAUUUGUGAUAGACUUGUGAUUUACACUAUGUACUGCAUACACUGUGAUAGGGUUAGAGAAUUCAUUCUCUGGUUUUUGUUUACACAGUUUUAUUGUUUGAUUCUAGUUUAUUGUCAUUUUUAUAGAAAAUAAAAGGCAUUUAUUUAUUUA